GGGCAGCUUGCGCUCGGAAGCCUCCGACUCUGCUCCUGCUCUGAUUACGGAUGCAGCCAAUGCUCAUUGGACCGGGUCUGCACAAUGAUAGCGAUAUUUUCUUAUAGGAUUAAUGCAUUUAAUUAUGGGUUUUUCGGCUUGUCUGGGGCAGUUUUAUUCCUGCCAUGAUUCUUAAAGUGUGCGUCGUCAACUUGGUAGAUGACCUGCCUUCUCUUCACAGCAUUGCAACCUUUGAUCAAGUUAUAUCACAAAUUCAACAAUGACCAAUUCUAAAUCAGAAAUCGGAUCCUACGUGGCUAAGCUGGAAGAGCUUACGCUGGCAGAGAAAGUCAGCUUACUCUCCGGCUCAGAUUUCAUGAGAACCACUUCUGUUCCUCGAGUCGGUAUUCCCUCGAUCAAGCUGGUUGAUUCCAUAAAUGGAGUCAAAGGUUCGGAAGUCCACGCUGGAGUUCCGACGGCAAUAUUCCCCAGCUCAACAUGCUACGGCUCCACCUGGAACCGUGACCUGAUGCACAAGCUCGGCGUCGGUCUUGCCGCUCAAGCAAAGCUGAAAUCCGCACAGGCAGUGCUUGGGCCUACAAUCAACAUCCACCGUGACCCCAGAGGCGGACGCAACUUUGAGUGCUUCAGUGAGGAUCCGCUUCUAUCCGGCCAGCUCGGUGCUGCGAUCGUGAACGGGUUGCAGCAGGAAGGCGUGUCGUCGUGUCCGAAGCAUUUUGUGUGCAACGACAGUGAGUUUCAGAGACGCUGGUAUAAUGUCACUGAGACUCAAAACAGUCGUGCUGCUCGCGAGAUCUAUAUGGCUGCUUUUCAAGAGUUGCUACGUCACUCUUCUCCGUUUGCUCUUAUGAUUAGUUACAACAAACUUGACGGUAUUUACACCACCGAGCACCCUUUUCUCAAGGACAUCCUGCGAGACGAAUGGCAUUACAGUAAAUGUCUUCUCUCAGAUUGGUACGCCACCAGGUCGUGCGAGCAGUCGGUCAAAGCUGGCACAGAUCUUGAGAUGCCGGGUCCUUCAGUUUUUCGCGGUAAGCGGUUACUAGAAACUGUCAAAAAGGGUCUCGUGGACGAGUCUAUCAUUGAUGAGCGCGCUGCGGCGGUCCUCGGCCUGCUCGAUGACACGCGCGACUCAUACGCUGACGCGCCUGAGAAGGUGGUAGAAGACCCAAGUGCAAAUGAGUUGAUAAGGAAAGUUGCUUCGGAAGGUAUCGUACUUUUGAAAAAUCAAAACGAUGUUUUGCCUUUGAAUCCUGUCGGGCAGUCCAAGCUUGCCGUCAUUGGCAUGCAUGCCGUCCAACCUGCUAUCUGCGGCGGCGGUAGCGCAUCAGCUGCUCCGCAGUACUUGCAACAGCCGCUCGAGUGUCUCAAAGAGAGUCUCUCAGAUCCUUCCCAAGUGACUUACACCCUAGGAGUUAGCGUCAAUCGUCUUGUGCCUCCCGUUCCAUUAGUGCAAAGCCGCGCGGAUAAUGGGGAACCCGGAUUCGACGUUCGCUAUUAUAGCUUGGAUCACAAAGGGCCCGUGGCUGUGGAUCACGUCAGAAAUCCUGCUGUGAACAUGGUCAGGCAGCUAAUUCCUGGUCUGGAGGAGGGCAAGUUCUACUUUGAAAUAUCGACAAAGCUGACGCCUAAGUUUGCUGGUGAACACGUCUUGGCCGUGCGUGUGACGGGCGCAUUCGAGCUGUUUCUGGACGAUGAACUGGUGCUGUCUUCUCCACAAUACGAAGUGUCGAUGGAAAACUUCCUCUUCGAGCCAUUCUUGCUAGAGCGUAGGGUUCAAGUUCCAAUGCGGGAAGUACGCCCUUACGCAGUGAAGCUCGUGAUGCAAAACCGGAUAGCGGCUCCUGGUGACUACGAGCCCAACCCCCAUGGAGCCUGUCUGUGCUUUCAAGAGUUUACGGAUGACGAACAAGCCAUUGCGGAUGCGGUCAGCGUAGCUGCUUCUUCGGACACCACCAUCAUAUACGCCGGUAGAACGAGCGAAUACGAAUCUGAGGGCUACGACUUGGCGGACAUGGCUCUUCCGGGUUUGCAGGCGUCUAUGAUCAAGGCUGUUGCUGCAGCAUCUAAGCGCACAGUGCUUGUUUUGUACUGCGGAAACCCAGUCGACCUAAGUGAAUUUGUGGACGAUGUCGAUGCAAUCAUACUUGCGCAUUAUCCAGGCCAGGAAGGCGGUCGCGCAGUCACGGAUGUCAUUUUAGGAGAGGUCAAUCCAAGCGGGAAGCUGGCUACAACAUGGCGAAAGAAGCUAGAUGAGCAGCACGUACCGUCGUUCAACAGCUUUUCCGCGAGACUUACUGACGAAGGGUACACUGUUGACUAUACUGAAGGAAUCAAGGUUGGAUACCGCGCACCAAACACGGCCGAGGUUGCGCUCUUUCCAUUCGGUUUCGGGCUGUCGUAUACGUCAUUUACCUACUCCAACCUCAACAUUGACGAAGUCGACGACAGUAAUGUAUCUGCGAGAGUCACUGUUGAGAACACAGGCGACGGCGCGGGAUACGAGGUCGUGCAGCUCUACAUUACACCUCCAGCUGACAGCUCUGUAUGGCGGCCUGCGCGAGAACUCAAAGGCUUUGACAAGGUCUGGCUGGAAGUGGGAGAGUCAAAGCAAGUUGAGAUCGAGCUGGUCAAGAAGUAUGCGUGUAGCUUCUGGGACGAGAGCAGUUGCAAGUGGAAGAUGGAGAGUGGUGUUUAUGGCGUUGUUGUUGGAGAUCUUGCAGGACAGUUUACUGUUGCGAGCGAGUUGAUGUGGACCGGGGUUUAGUCGGAGUUAACCCACCUGCUAACCCUACAUAGGAUAUUUUCUGAAUAAAGUAGUUAACCCACUAAUUAAAUAUCUACGCUUUAGUCGAAGAGUCGU